UUAAAGCUUAAAACCUAAAAAACAAAUAAAAUAAAAUACGGUAAAGUGUUAUCAAAAAAUUAAUUACGGUGUGUUUAUAACCACAGUGCAUGCUAAAUUCUAGUGCCCGGUAUUUAAUAGUGCGAAAAAAAUCAAAUCAGCUGCCGAUAUUUUCUAGUCUCUGAGUGUUCGUUCAAUGGCGCGUUUGGUGAUUUACUUUUUGCUCAUAAGUUCGUUGUUCUUUUAUAAUGAAAAUGCACGCUUGCUUGGUGGCGGUGGCAGCAGCGGUCUGGCGGCAGCGACAAACGGACAUGGCAGCCAGCUGGAAGGACGUGAUCGUCAUCAUCACGAGCGCGGUGGACAUAUAAGACGUGACCUCAAUCACUGUUGGCGUCGUUAUGAUGGCUAUAAUUUACAAAGCACAAUGGUCAACAAGAAGGAGCAAUUGAAGAAGCCUUACGGCAUAUUGUGCAACUUCAAAUGUACUUGGUUCUUCACAAUAAACUUUCCCACUUGUGAAUUCAUCUAUGAUUACAAACUUUCUUGCUACUUAUUUACAUCACUGCCGGAUUGCACUACGGUAAAAUGUACGCUUUUAAAUUUUUUUACAUAAACGCUAGUAACA